GGAAUCGGCGGACUUUUCUAACCUCAGCAUUGUCCCCCCUCAUUAAUCUAACGGUUCAGUCACAUCACGGUCAACGGCAACCUUCCUCUUCCCCUUCUUCUUCGAUCAUUCCGCUAGCCGUCGGUCGACGUGGCUCUUCUCCGACGAUGCCGCCGCUAAAAGUCCUUUCUGCUCUCGACUCGGCGAGGACACAGUACUACCACUUCAAGGCCAUCAUCAUCGCAGGAAUGGGGCUCUUCACCGACGCGUACGACCUCUUCUGCAUUCCCCCGAUCAUGAUCCUCAUCGGCCGCAUCCACUACGAGGACCAGCCCGACAAGUUUGAGAUUCCCCCAGCCGUCAUCUCCGCCAUGGUGGCAGUGGCGCUUCUGGGCACAGCCAUCGGCCAGGUCGUGUUCGGCUAUCUCGGUGACCGGAUCGGGAGGCGGCGCGUGUACGGCCUCUCCCUGAUGCUCAUGUCGCUGAGCUCGCUUGGAUGCGGGUUCUCAGUCUGCAGGUCACGUGUCUGCGUCCUCGGCAGCCUCGGGUUCUUCCGAUUCCUGCUCGGCCUCGGGAUCGGCGGGGACUACCCGCUCUCAGCCACAAUCAUGUCGGAGUUUGCGAACAAGAUGACACGCGGCGCCUUCAUAGCGGCCGUGUUCUCAAUGCAAGGUUUCGGGAUCCUGGCGAGCUCGGUCGUGACAAUGAUAGUGUGCAAAGCUUUUGAUAGGGCGUCGGGUGCGGAUGCCGCAGACCCGACUCCGCAGUCGGCGGACAUCGCUUGGCGGGUCAUAUUGAUGCUGGGGGCGAUUCCGGCGGCCCUCACGUGCUACUGGCGCAUGAUGAUGCCGGAGACUGCAAGGUACACCGCUCUAGUGGAACAGAACGUGCUCCAAGCUGCUAAGGACAUGGAGAAGGUGCUAGAUGUGUCGCUAAGUCAGAUCGCGGAGGAUCAUCCAAUCCCGCCCCUAGCGCCACCUUCGUACCCCCUCCUGUCGAGACAGUUCUUCCGCCGCCACGGGCAGGACCUGCUAUCCUGCGCCAUCACGUGGUUCCUGCUUGAUAUCGUCUUCUACAGCAGCAACCUCUUCCAGUCGAAAAUCUACAAGCGCUUCAUCCCCGAUAAAUUCAAGGUCAAUGCCUUCGAGGCUGCCUUAGAGGUCGCCAAGCUCCAGGCCAUUGUAGCUGCGUACUCAACCAUCCCGGGCUACUGGGCUGCUGUCUUCUUCAUUGAUCGGGUGGGUCGGGUGAAGAUCCAAAUGAUGGGGUUCUUGUUCAUGGCGGCCGUCUACUUUGCCAUCGGCAUCCCAUACUACAGCCACUGGGACCACCACACUGAUCGUGGCUUCAUGUUCUUGUAUGGGCUCACCUUCUUCUUUGCCAACUUGGGCCCCAACACAACCACUUUCAUUGUCCCUGCUGAGCUCUUCCCUGCCCGGUUCCGCUCCACCUGCCACGGCCUCUCUGGAGCUGCCGGCAAGCUAGGCGCCAUGGUUGGGUCGGUAGGGUUCCUCUGGGCUUCUCACAAAAAGAAGGAGGAAGGCUACCCCAAGGCAAUUGGCAUGAUGGUCUCGUUGGUGAUCCUAGGCGGGGUCUGCAUAGUGGGGGCAGUGAUCACUUACUUGUUCACCCCGGAGACAAAAGGCCGGUCACUCGAGGAAAACGAGAACGAUGAUGAAGAGGCAACUGAAAUGAGUCUACUAAGGUGCUCCAGAAGUCAUAACAGUACUACUCGGCCAGGCUCUAACCAUUGUAGUGAAGUCGCUGCAGCUAGCAGUGCCUAAGACUCAAAUAAAUCAUCCGAGUAGCAAUGACAAACAUUCUGGUGGUCAUAUGAUCUUUUGAUGCCCACGCUGACGCACAAUUUAAUAUGUACUUUCUAGCUAGUCCAUGAGACGUACGUAUGAAGGCAGAGUACAAAAUUACGGCAUUUGGCCUCGGCGUCUCCAGCGUGUGGGACAAGCAUGCGUAAGGACGAGAGAAUAUACAUACAUACAUAUAUAUAUAUAUAUACACGUGCAGUUAACUUUAUGUAUAAAACCGUGUGCGUGCACACAUUCACAGGGUGACAGGAAAGCAUAGGGGCAUGAGGUUAUGGUGUUUAGGUUGCAAAGGGCUCCUUAUACAAACAAUGUACAUAUACUUUGUCUAUGUGUUGUAAAUUUGUAAUGUGUUCCACGAACCGUAUUUAUGUUGCAGUAUAUUCUCAGUCCUUUUAUUCUUUGAGCAAGUAUCCAAUGCUCAGAAUAACCAA